UUCAUAUAUGAUUAAUCGAUUAUUUAGUCGCAUCUCUAAAUUAGUCUUGUCUGUGGUUUUAGUUCUUUCAAAAGUGACCCUCUGCGUAAAUUGAGGGAACAACCAUGGGUCGUGUGAUUCGUGCUCAGCGUAAAGGUGCCGGCUCAGUCUUCGUUUCACACACGAAGAAAAGGAAAGGAGCGCCUAAACUCCGCUCCUUGGAUUAUGCCGAACGUCAUGGAUACAUCAAGGGUGUAGUGAAGGAUAUCAUCCACGACCCCGGCCGAGGAGCACCUCUGGCGGUUGUUCACUUCCGUGACCCCUACAAGUUUAAGACGCGCAAGGAACUGUUCAUUGCUCCCGAGGGUCUCUACACUGGCCAGUUCGUAUACUGCGGAAAGAAGGCUACACUUGAAGUUGGUAAUGUCAUGCCCGUGGGUGCUAUGCCUGAGGGUACCAUUGUAUGCAACUUGGAAGAGAAGAUGGGUGACCGAGGCCGACUAGCCCGUGCUUCCGGAAACUUUGCCACCGUUAUCGGACACAAUCCUGAUGCCAAACGUACCAGGGUAAAGCUUCCUUCUGGAGCCAAGAAAGUUCUCCCAUCAAGCAACAGAGGAAUGGUUGGUAUUGUCGCUGGUGGUGGACGUAUUGACAAACCCAUCCUGAAGGCUGGGCGUGCGUACCACAAGUAUAAGGUGAAGCGUAACUGCUGGCCGUACGUGCGUGGUGUUACCAUGAACCCUGUGGAGCAUCCUCACGGAGGUGGUAACCAUCAACACAUUGGUAAGGCAUCGACUGUCAAGCGAGGAACAUCAGCCGGUCGCAAGGUCGGUCUUAUUGCUGCGCGCAGGACCGGAAGAAUUCGUGGUGGCAAGACCGACACCAAGAAGGAGGCGUAAAUAUAAUUUUAUGCAAAAUAAAAAACACAAAAUCAAA